ACUAGGCAGAUACCAGACAGCUGACCCGUGACCGUAUUGAUCGUAAAAGCCGGUGACUUCAUAGCAGAAGGCAUAACCUGUUUUCAUUGAUAAGUAUAAAAGAUCUCUGCAUGGUACUCUACAAGUAAACAAUUGUUAAACAAGACCGCAAAUGAAUAAAAAUGAGUCAAUGAGCAGAUACGGCCCACUAGUAGGUGCUAUUGACGCAGGAACCGGCAGUUGUAGAUUUUUGGUAUUCGCGGCAGAGACUGCUGAGGUUUUGACCUAUCAUCAAGUAUCCAUAUCGCAGUCUUACCCCAAAGAAGGAUGGGUUGAGCAAGAUCCGGUGGAGAUAAUUAAAGCGGUGAAAGAAUGCUUAGAUCAAACAGUUUCCAAUUUACAACAGCUGACGAUAGAUCCUUCAGACAUCGUUGCUAUAGGUGUUACAAAUCAAAGGGAGACUACAAUCGUCUGGGACUCGCUAACUGGAGAACCAUUGUAUAACGCAAUAGUAUGGAUGGACAUGCGUACAACCAGGAUCGUUGACGAUAUCCUUAAGAAAGUACGCUUUCAAAACAAAAAUUACCUGAAACCUUUGUGCGGACUGCCGAUCAGUCCAUAUUUCAGCGCACUUAAGUUAAAAUGGCUUUUGCAAAAUGUUACGAGGGUACAGGAAGUAGUCGCCGAAAAACGAUGUAUGUUUGGCACCGUUGAUUCCUGGAUUAUUUGGAACUUGACCGGAGGAAUAAACGGCGGUGUGCACAGCACGGAUGUUACCAACGCAUCGAGAACAAUGCUGAUGAACAUCGAGACUUUGAAAUGGGACCCGGUGCUCUUGUCAUUUUUUGAUAUUCCACAAGAAAUCUUACCCCAAAUACGUAGCUCCUCAGAAAUUUAUGGUCACAUUCAAGAAGGAUCGCUUAGAGGAGUUCCCAUUUCAGGGUGUUUGGGAGAUCAGCAAUCAGCAUUGGUCGGACAAAUGUGUCUGCAACAAGGGCAGGCUAAAAGCACUUACGGCACAGGCUGCUUCCUUCUUUACAACACAGGAUCCGCAAUAAUCGAUUCGUCUCACGGAUUGUUAACAACAGUUGCCUACCAAUUUGGCCCUGAUGCUCAGCCUGUAUACGCACUAGAAGGAUCAGUGGCGAUAGCUGGGGCAGUGAUACGAUGGCUAAGGGAUAACAUGGGUAUAAUAUCGGAUGUGAAUGAGUGCGAGUCGAUAGUGCGCCAAGUUUACAACGAUAAUCGCAUAACUUUUGUGCCAGCAUUUGCUGGCCUCUAUGCCCCCUACUGGAGAAAAGAUGCUCGCAGCGUGAUAUGCGGAAUCACAGAGGACACAAACAGCGGGCACAUAGUCAAGGCAGCUCUGCAAGCUGUGUGUUUUCAGACGAGAGACAUUUUAGAGGCAAUGAAAAAAGACACUGGUUUGGUACUGUCGAAACUCUUAGUUGAUGGCGGUAUGACGGCGAAUAAUCUACUCAUGCAAAUGCAGGCGGAUAUUUGCGGUAUACCCGUGGUCAGGCCAUUGAUGUGUGAAACAACUGCGUUGGGUGCUGCGAUCGCUGCUGGUUGUGCAAGCGGAAUACGAAAAUGGGACGUUAAAAUAGACGCGGCUGUUCCGAGUGAUACUUUUCUGCCUUCCAUCACGGAGGAUGAGCGAGACGUUUUGUUUUCUCAAUGGAGAAUGGCUAUAGACAGAAGUCUAGGUUGGGAGCCUUUAUUGGAUGAGGAUGAAGAGAUGGAAAAAAUUCAUGCGAUUACCGCACCGGCGAUUUUCAUCAUGGGUGCGAUGUUUUUACUCAUUGUUGCCAAGUAUAGGUCAGUCUUUUAACAUAUAUCUUACGUAGGAUAUUAAUUCCACUGAUAUAUCUCGUUAGUAGCUAUUUUGCGCAGUGUUGAUGCCGUAUCCAUGAUCAAAUUACCUUCACAGUAUGUGCAUUUAGAAUGUAGUUUAGGUAUGUAUAGGUAUUUUAUCGACUGUUUAAUGUAAGAAAAAUUCUAAGUUCAUACAACGUUUGUUAAAUAUACCCGCGAAAUAAAAAUUCACACAUUUU